UUGGUGGAGCAAAAUAAUCAUUCACGCUAUGGCGGCGCGCACAAAAACGCCUGACGUAAAAUAUUUUGGACAUGCAUUGGCCUAGUUUUCAUCAGAUGUGAACAGAUCAAUGUUAAGUGACUAUAUGAAAGAAAAUCACACUUUUUCACGGAAUACGCAAAGUGCAAGACAUUCUCACAGACAAACACUUGGCUACCAAUAACGUCCUCAGAUAUGCCUGCCUUCCGCCAAGUUGGGGAAAAGCAGUUACCCAACCCCAUAUUGUUUAUGGUGUGGUCACCGAAGAGGGACUUAAUCGCUCUCGCAAACAAAGCUGGUGAGCUGCUCCUGCACCGUCUCGCGAACUUCCAGCGCGUGUGGAGUUUGGCGCUCAAUGAGACCACGGGGAAGGAGAUCACGUCACUGGCAUGGAGACCCGACGGCAAAAUUCUGGCCUUCGGUGUGGGGGACAAGAAGCUGGUUGUCCUGUGCGAUGCGGAGAAGGCCGAGGUGCUGCACACCUUCCCUGUGGAGAACCCAGUCACCUGCAUGCACUGGGUGGACGUCCUGGAGGAGAGCAGCGUCCUUACAUCCUUUUAUAACUCUGAAGAUGAGUCCAACCUGUUCCUCCCCAAAUUACCCACACUUCCAAAGAGCUACAGCACAACAUCAAAGAUAUUCAGUGAGGAGAAGUCGGACGAGAUCAUGAAUCUUCUUGGUGAAGUCCGACUGAACGUCCUGGUGCUGGGAGGGGACUCUGGCUUUGUGGAGCUGUACGCGUACGGAAUGUACCGGAUUGCCUCGCUGACUGGAGUGCUGGGGACCUGCCGCAGCCUGUGCCUCUCCAGCGACCUGAAGUCCCUGUCCAUCAUCUCUGAGGUCACGUCCACCAGCCACCAGCCCCAGAUCAGCUACGUCCAGCUGGAUACGGGUCUGCUGUCUGACUGUCUGGCCGAGGUGACCAGGAUGGCCCGCAAGUUCACCCACAUCUCCACACUGCUGCAGUACCUGCGGCUGUCCCUCACCUGCAUGUGCGAGGCCUGGGAGGACAUCCUGAUGCAGAUGGACCUGCGCCUCACCAAGUUCGUCCAGGAGAAGAACACCAGCACACAGGUGCAGGAUGAGUUCCUGGAGCUCCUGCUGUGGGGGAAGUCCAGUCCUGAACUGCAGGCUCUUCUGAUGAACCAGCUGACUGUGAAGGGACUGAAGAAGCUGGGACAGUCAAUUGAGUCAUCAUACUCCAGCAUCCAGAAGCUUGUGAUCAGCCACCUGCAGAGUGGCUCAGAAGCGCUGCUGUACCACCUGAGUGAGGUGAGGGGGAUGUCACUAUGGAAACAGAAGUUUCAGCCCCUUGGCCUGGAUUCGGCAGCAAUAGAAGAUGCCAUUACUGCUGUGGGGUCUUUCACACUGAAGGCCAAUGAACUUCUGCAGGUCAUAGACAGGAGCAUGAAAAACUUCAAGGCGUUCUUCCGCUGGCUGUAUGUGGCAAUGCUGCGCAUGUCAGAAGACCAUGUGCCCCCAGAACUGAACAAGAUGACCCAGAAGGACAUCUCUUUUGUGGCAGAUUUCCUGUCUGAGCACUUCAGUGAGAAUGAGGAGCUGUUUGAUCGGAAAGGAAAGUACUUCAACGUGGAGCGGGUUGGCCAGUAUCUUAAGGAUGAAGAUGAGGACCUGGUUUCCCCACCAAACACCAGUGGGAACCAAUGGCUCAGCUUCCUGCAGGAGAGCACACACCUGAAAGACAGUCCCCUGCUGUUCCCCACCUACCCCCAGAAGUCCCUGCACUUUGUGAAGAGGAUGAUGGAGGGCGCCAUUGAGCUGUGUCUGCAGAAGCCUGCGGAGAUCAUUGGGAAGUCUGUGAAGCAGGCGUUUUCCAUGGAUCUGUACACAACAGCUCAACGGUCAGAAGACACUCCAAGGCUUUUUGAGUUACCUGCACUGUGGAAUGAUAAGAAGGCCAGUAUGCAUUACGUGGUUUUCACCAUGCCAGAGGCUUCUCCCUGCCGGCUCUACUUAAUGAGAAGGAGCACUGAUCCCAACAGGUCUGUUCCUAACAGCCUCGUCGCCAUUGAUCUGGCCAACCUGCUCAGCAGCAUUGAUGACAGCGCAGAGUCCCCGCAGUACAGUUGUCUGGAUGCUCGUUUCUAUGACGACGAGACGCUAACGGUGGUGCUGCGGGAGACAGAGGAGGAGGAAACCAGUGGGCGUGUCCUAGCCCAGCUGCCACUAAGUUCCGCCCUCAGCAGGGGGGAGGAGUUCGCCUGGGACCCCACCCUCAGGUUGGACCAGCAGAGCGGCGCUAUACCAGCCCAGAGCCUGGUUCUGGAGAACCAGUGGCGCAUGCUGGAGAACAUGAAGGCCCAGCAUGUAGCGGUCAACGGCAUCCGCAAAGUGGCCUGUGUGCUGAGCUCUAACCUACGGCACGUGCGGGUGUUUGAGAUGGACGUGGAGGAUGAGGAGGAUGAAGAGCGGGUGGAGUCGCAGGACGCCAGUGCUGAGCAGGAGCAGCUGGAGGAGACACUGGGCGGGGAGGGAGAGGGGGCGGGGCAGGGGGCGGGGCAAAGCUCUGGGGCGGCUCCAGAGAUGGCCGAGGAGCCGGGUUCCAGCUCAGACACGCUGUGACCCUACUCUGACCCCGCUGAGCUCCUCCUCCUCCUCACUGAGGAAGGACAAUGAAGUGAUCAGACCUGUGACUGUGUCAGUGGGUGUUCUGUUCCUGUUUCUGGGAAACCCCUUGCGUCAGUAAAAACACUGUGUCCUGUUAUCUUA